AUGUCAAGACUGAGCCAAGACGACAUCACUGAUCUCAACGAUGAUCAACAGCUGAGCAUUCGCGAAGGGAACAACACCGAGAGCAGGUCAAUGUCGACGUCAAUAUCAAGACCGAGCCAAGACGAUAUCACUCAUCUCAAAGAUGACCAGCAAUCAACGGUAGCGAUAGCGGCAGGUUCUCAACUGCCACCGGAAACGGCAGUCCGUCGAGAAGGACAAGUCGUGGCGGAAACUACCCAGGAAAACAACAAAGACCAUGCCGAAGAACCCACCAUAGGCAAGAAGGAUCACGAACAGCAGGAAGCCAUCCAAACCAACAACAACAAACCUCAACAAGCAGUUGAAGAAGUUUGCUACGAUGAAGAAGAUAUUGAAUGGCACGCUCCGUUUGGGGAAAGCACCUUUACGUUCCUCUUCAUGUGCAAACCCUGCUCCCAUGCCUUUGUCUAUGCACUCUUUGUGUAUCUCCUUCAAUUAUCCUUUGUGAUUCUGGCUCUGGUGGAUGCCAUUGAUGCUGGAAGUCCCAAUCCCCUGCAACUGCCCCCCAUGGUAGGAUUACCCACCACACUGGCACAGGUGGUCAUUCUGUUUGUGGUGGUGGCAUUUCAAUCGGAUUUAAUGGAAGCCGUAUCAAAACUUCAUGAUGGCUACUACCCACCCAUCAUUAGUGUUUUCCCUGGCGCAACCUAUGCCACUUGGCUCAUGUCAUGCAUUGCACAGCUCAUCAUUGGAUUGCUAAUCUUGGUGGUGACAUUUAUUUUGACAAUGCAAGUUGACAAUGUGGUGAACAGCAUGCUCAAUUUUGCAGCUCUGCAUUUCAUUGCUGACAUUGAUGACAUUGGAUUUGAAUUGGCCAAGCUGGGAUUUGUCUCUCACAAGGUCCAAAGGAGUGUUUGGCGCGUGGCAGACUUUAAGGUGCCCAAACAAGACAAAGGAAACGCACUGAGACGUGGCCUCUAUUUGGGCACCCUGGUUGGCAUCUUUGUUGGGUUUGCUAUUCUCAAGGGUCGUCAAUUUCAUGGAUACUAUCUGCCAACCUAUCUUUUUGUGCAGUUUGAUGAUGCUUAUAUUGCCAAGCUAUCGCACUACAGUGGCGCAUUCGAAGCAGAAGUUGCCAGGACUGCGGGACACAGAAGUUACCAUGACAUUGCAACACAAUCAAUCAGUUUGGCCUACUGUGACAAGGAAAAUGCAUGGACCUUCUCUGAAACCAGCGAUCCCUGUGAUUUCUUUGCCAGGUCGGUCAAAGUCAACACCUAUGAUGUCACGUCCAUUCCUUGGAGCGACUGGCUUGAGAAAGAUUCAUUCUCGAGAUUGCAGCCAUUUGAAUCCUUUAGGCUACUCAACAAUGACUGCGAUGAAAAGACCUGUCGGGGGAAAUGUGAGAAUGGGCGAUGCACGUGCCCACCAGACAGUUUCGGUUUUGAUUGUGAAUUCACAACAGUUUGUCCUGCGUUGAUUGUAAAUGGAAAACAUGGCCCUUUCCCAGAAGCUUCCCUGGAUGGUACGGGGAUUACCAGAACCUAUACCAUUGGUGAUCGAUAUCAUCUGCUAAGGGAUGAGAGAGGAGAACUGGUCAGAGUAUAUAGCAUGCCAGUUUACUACUCAAUCCGGAACUUGUGUCAAUGGUGGAGUGUGCACUGA